AUGUCUCUGGUUGAUGGAACCAAAAUCUCGCUCCCUUUAUUUCUUUUUCUUUUCUUUCUUUCUUUCUUUCUUUCUUUCUUUGGUACACUCUUGAUUGACUGUCUUUCUUUCCACCUCCCCGUUUGGCUCACUAUCUUUCUUUUGCAUUCUCAAUCUCUUUCUCUUUAUUUCUGUUUCAUUCUUUUUUCUCUGUUCCUCUUUUUACAAGUUUCUCCAGGUGCUGUUAUCUCCCUCUCUUUUUCUCUCUCUCUCUCUCUCUCUGUGUGCCUGUCUGUCUAUCUGUCUCUGUCUCUCUUUUUCUCUCUCUCCAUUCUUUCUUUCAUUUUUCCCGCUUUACUAAGUCACAUUCGACUCGCCCGAGUUAUUGCUGCGGCUUUUGAUGCUCUUCUCUUUCUUUGUUUUCAUUAUUUCCUCCAUUUUCUUUUGACGUUUUCUUCCAUGUCAAAAUGUAAGCUUCCUUCCUUUGACAUUUCAACUUACCGGAGCCGCCGCCGCUACGCCGAAAACCAAGAAGAGACGUCACUUUGUUUCCUGCUCCAGAAUUCGAAUCUUUCAUCACAUUCAUUCAAAUGUCUGGCUGAGAUGUUGCAAGAUCAAAGCAAUUCCAUCAUCGCUGUCGACACAAGCAUCAACAUUGUUCUCAUGCUUCUUUAUUGGUGA